GCUGUUGUUUGUCUUUCUGCAACGGCAUGGAGAACAUGGGCAAAUGGUUUGUUAAAAGCUUCAAGAAGAUCCCUUGAAAGUAUAGAACUCAUCUAAUCAAAAUAAUAGAAGACUCGGUUAACUAAGUUUGUUCUUGAGAGAUUUAGAAAGGUGAAAUACCCUCACGCCCUUUAGCACCAGUUUAAGCGGAAUUCUAUUGUGAUGAUAUUAAAUGAACUCCAUAAAACUAAAGGACCAGAGGUUUUUCAUAUAGAUAUUUACCCAAUCUUUUUUGUUUUUCACAUAACGUGCCUUUAGUUUCCAUUUUGUGAAUAAGACAUUCAGCAGUCGACGGCUUAAUUUUAUGUAUACUGUAGGCAUAGGAAAUAGAGAUCAAUAUAAUUGCACCUUUACUAAUCCUACCAGGUGUUCUGUAUUACAAAAGUGCUUCUGUUGUGACAUUUAGAUACAAGCAAAACUGUAUAAUCUGUACUAUUAAUUACUUACUGGUACUUCAUUUCAUUAUUGGCUUGUAAAAGGUUAACUUUUUUACCAUAUGUAAGUUGACAGAAUCAUAGGAACCAUGUUUUGAGGGGUAAAUCAAACACAAAAGAAUAAAUCCUAAAUGUUUUUGUUGUGCAAAAAAGUAUGAUAUUGUGUCUAAAACAUUUUUCAUUUUCCACUCAAGUGUGUAAUUGCAAGGGAAGUAAACUAAUAGAUAUCUCUGCUUAUAAGUACUAGCCUAAGGCAAGAGUUGUCAUUCUUUGUGGAUCACAGCUUUAAAUUAAAAAUUAAAACUUCUGUUAUUGAUAUUAACAAAACUAUCAGAAACUUCACAUUUGUAAAAUCAUUUUUGGUUAUUUCAAGGACUUGGAAAUCAAUUUCUAGACUUUAUUUAAUGUAUUAUUAUCACUGAAAAUUGUAGGGGUCUAUCUCUAUACACUGUUCUAUCACAUUGGAAUAUGGUAGGGAUAUAGAAUGUGAGCAUUGUUGCCAAAAUACUGUUUUAAGCACACCAGCGUUGUUUUACAACUGACCGUUCCAAGGCGUUGCCGCACUUCGUUCUUUUCCUUUAUUUUACGUUUUGAGCUUUCUGUCUAUAUGCUUUUCUUUGUUCAUGUAUUUAUCAUGUUCUAAACUAUACAUGCCUUGCUGCAGUGUUACGGUUUAAAGAGGCGUUGCAGAGUAUAUCACAUAUCGGAUCUUUUGAGAAAUACUUUCAGUUGCAGAGAAGGAAUGAUGAAAAAAGACAAUGAAAUGACUACCACAUGCCCCUGAUGCCCUUCCUGCUGCAAUUAGCUGAACGUAAUUGCGGAAAGCCCAUAUAAGCUGACUGUAGUUUGUAGCAGCACUGUAGAUCUGAUGGUGUUGGCUCUCAGUCUUAAAAUGAAAAUUUUGGUAUGAGUGCAUAAGUAUUUAAACCAUAAUCAGAAGAAUUAUUCAAUAAAUCAAGAAACUAAAUCAUAUUUCAUUUUGAUUGGUUCGUAAAAAAGACUGAUUUCACUAUAACAUUGCAAAUAUAUUUAAAUACGGUAUUUAUUAUACACUUGAGUCAGUUUCAUCACAUACGUCGCAGUGUAAAGAUGGAUAGAAUUAACUGUCUUGAGUGCGGUGUAACAUUUUGUAGUAGAUACAACAUGAUGCGGCAUAAUAGAAACAAACAUCUAAAAGGAGACGAGCACUUUAGAAUUUAAACUCAUAUGCCUAAAUUGGCAACGGAAACGCCUCAGGGAGCGUCACAGGGAGCGCCGGGAGUGCAUUUAGGAGCGUCGGGAGCGCAUUUGGGAGCGCCGAGAACUCCCUUACAGGGAGCUCCGCAAGGAGCGUCGGGAGCGCAUUUGGGAGCGCCGAGAGCUCCCUUACACGGAGCUCCGCAAAGAGCGCCGGGAGCGCAUUUGGGAGCGCCGAGAGCUCCCUUACACGGAGCUCCCCAAGGAGCGCCGGGAGCGCAUUUGGGAGCGCCGAGAGCUCCCUUACACGGAGCUCCGCAAGGAGCGCCGGGAGCGCAUUUGGGAGCGCCGAGAGCUCCCUUACACGGAGCUCCACAAGAAGCUCCACAAGACGUGUCACAGGGAGCGCCGGGAGGAGCUCCGCAAGGAGCGCUUAAGGGAGGAUCGCAGGAAAUCAAACCAACUAUUCUUUUACCAUGAUGAUUUCUGGUCCCACAGCAUGUGGAAAGACAACAUUUGUAAAGGCAUUGCUGCAAAAUCAUAUCUGCAGAGUUAAGCCUGGUGUACAAAGAAUAGUGUGGCUGUACAAAAAAUUGCAACCAAUGUAUGGGGAAAUACAAAGCAGAGUUUACCCGGAUGUGAAAUUCUACCAAGGCAUUCCAUCCGACAUAAACGAAGACGAAUAUUUUGACACAAAGUUAAAUAACUUGCUAAUUCUGAACGAUAUGAUGUCAGAGGCUGGAAAGGACAAAAGAAUUACAGAUUAUACGAUCUUUGUCGGUGAUUUCCAUCAAUCAAAACCUAUACGCCAGCAAGGAUCCGACAAAGAGACGAAACUGUCAUUAUCUGGUAAUGUUCAAUAAUCCAGUCGACAAACAAUCUAUGAUCACAUUAGCGAGACAGAUGUACCCUGGUAAAACUGAAUACUUUUUUAAAAAGUUUGAGAAAGCAAUUAAACAGGCCUAUGGCUUUCUAUUGGUGGAUUUAAAACCAUUUACACCGGAACAUGCCAGACUGAAAUAUGAUUUAAUGUGGAUAGACCGAAAAUCUACGAACAACGAAAACCUGACAGAACUGACCAAUCAGAUGACAGAACCAGGCCAAAAUUGUAUAAAAGGCGAGCAACAAUCAGAUUUAAAUCAUUUGUCAGUCGGAAUUCAAACUGUAGACAUCGCAGGAAAUAAUAGUGAAAUUAUGGCUGAAAGUACGAAUGCUUGCGACGAUUGUGGACUUUUGUUUGACUCUUCGCACAAUGUACAGAGACAUGUAAAACGAGGGUGGUGUGCAGAAAAUAACGAUACUACGCAACCAAAGAGAAGAAAAAUAGACGACAGCAGUGAUGAUUAAAUGGGAGAUAACGUUGAAGAAAAUCAGGUUUAUCUAUCCCUCUGGAAAAAAGCUAUAGACUGUAACGACGAUAAAUACGACAAAUUGUUUAAUCAGUUUAUACAGGACGGAGAAGACAAGGAGUCUGCACAGGAAAUGACAGAAGAUCGUAUCCAGCCGUAUAAUGAACUCACAUUCUUCACAAAAUACGAGUAUUUGUUUGAUUCGUAUAUUCUGCCAUUUCAAAACAGUACACUGCAUCAGAAGGUUUUACAAGACGUACAUUCAUUGAAGAAUGUAAGCAUUCAAUCGGCAGUUAAGCAUGUACAGCGAAAGUACAAGCCUGACUUUAAGGAGCUGUUUGAGACAGAAUUGUCUGACGAGGAAAGUGAUGAAGAAAGCGAGGAGGACGAGUCUGAUACUGAAUAAAAUACUCAAUGUAUAAACAAUUAUUUCAUUUACGUUGUGGAUUUUGGACAGUGCAGACAUGGCUCAAUGGUAAAACUAUUUAAAAAGGAUUUAUUUUGAUCCGUCGCAUCCUGCGAGUUUCAGCGGACCGCAAAUAUUGUACAAAACAGUAAAAGGAGAAGGCAAAUUUAACAUUGGUAUGCACAGGAUAAGAAAGUUUCUUCAUGACCAAGAAUCAUACAGUUUACAUUAACCAGUGAGAAGACGGUUUCAAAGAAACCAUGUGGUCAGUGCAGGAAAAGACGACCUUUGGAAGAGAAUUUAGUAUAGUUUAAAACGGAAUUCCACAAAAUGAUAUUUGAUUAACAUUGGGAGGGAAGGAGGGUAUACUUAAAACCAAUAUUUACAGUUCCCUACAGAACUAAAUAAUACAUAACAUAAAUUUAAUAAUAAACUAGUUUGUAGUUACAUGUAAGUGUUAAAUUGAACAAAAUGAUGACAUUUGUACAUGAGUUGUAUAACUGUCGAUGGUAACACUUGGAACGGUUGACUACGUUCCUGGCUGAUUUUCAAAACACUGAAUCAGUUUUCAGUGCCGUUGGCUAAGCUACCUGGUGACAUGCCUGUUAUUUAGUAUGUGUCUCCUAAAGGGUUUCAAUAAUGAACAGUUAAAAAUGUUAAAUCGGUGUACCUAAUAUAUCCCUCUACCUCGAUAACGUUCCGCAAGAACGAUUCUGAAAAUUCCCUCCCAACCCGAUUUCAUCAUUUACAUAGAGUAUAGAAGGAAAAAAGGUCAUCAAGUUCGUCUGAAGAGAUGAGGUUAACUUCACCAGGUGUUCUCUGUGGGAUUUUACUCAAUUAGGUCGGAGUUAUAGUCAGUGAAAAAUACACAUAAAGGUUUUAAAAGUU